AUGGCCGCCGAUCAGAGCAACCAAAAGUUCAAGCUAGAGAAUCUAUUCAAUGUCAAAGACAAAGUGGCCUUAAUCACCGGCGGCGGCUCAGGAAUCGGCCUAAUGGCCGCGCAGACCUUAGCCGUCAACGGCGCCAAAGUAUACAUAACCGGCCGAACAGAAAGCAAACUGAACCGCGUGGCAGCACUCUACGACAACGACAACGCCAGCGGCAAAAUCAUCCCCCUCGCAGCAGACGUGACCAACAAAGACGAGAUCCGCAAGCUCGCCGACGAAAUCUCCACCCGCGAAGGCCACCUGUCAAUCCUAAUGAACAACGCUGGAAUAUCCAGCAACACGCAAGAAACCGAGCCCGAAGACCCGACUCAACUGCGCGAGAAUCUCUUCGACGAUCCGGCCGUGACGUUCGACGAAUGGGACUCUGUUUUCCGCACGAACGUCUCGCAGAUCUUCUUCAUGACGACUGCGUUCUUGCCGCUGCUGCAGCGCGGCUCGGAGCGUGAACGGGGUUGGUCGAGUACGGUGAUUAAUACGACUUCGAUUUCGGGGAUUGUGAAGGUUUCGCAGCAUCAUUUUGCGUAUAAUGCGACUAAGGCGGCGGCGAUUCAUUUGACUAAGAUGCUUGCGCAGGAGGUUAGUUCGUCGAAGUUGAGGGUUAGGGUGAAUAAUAUUGCGCCGGGGGUUUUUCCUAGUGAAAUGACUGCUGGGGAGAGUGAUGAGGCGCAGAAGAGUUAUAUCCCGGCUGAGAAGUAUCGGGAGAAGGUUCCUGCUGCCAGGCCUGGGAAGGAUGAGGAUAUGGCUGGUGCUGUGCUGUUUGCUGCUUGUAAUCAGUACUUGAAUGGGCAGACCGUUGUUGUUGAUGGAGGGUAUGUGCUUGCUGCUGGGACUGUGUGA